AUGCCCUCUACUUUGCUGAUCAGCGAGUCAACAUCUGAGAGCAAAACAUUAAAAGCAUCUACCUGCAAGGAAGAGAUAAAAGGACUUCCUGAACUGAGAGAGAAAAAAUAUUUGGUGGAUCAUUCAAAACCACUUCCUACUUCACUCCAGAAUGAUUCCAUACCAGAGGAAUUUCUUCUUUCUCUGACCUCUGCAGCUAAUGCUGGUGCUUGUCCUGAAAACUUACUUCCUCCUAAGAAAAGUAAAAGCCCAAAGGGUAGCCUGAUGCGCUCAGUAGACCACGUCUGGCAUCACCCUGUGAGAAGGAACAAGUUCAAAUACCUGAUUGACCAUCCUGUGUCCCUACCAGCAGCCGGAAGGGAUGUUUCAUUUCUGUAUGAUGUGAGAUGUGUAAAAGGAGAGAUUAGAGAGAAUGCGGUUUGUCCCCCACGCACAGAUCAUUCAUUACAGUCACAAGAUGGUCUCAUUGUGCCACAUAAGCCUCGGAAAUUAUCAGAUACUUUGAUUCCUGAAGAAUUUCAUAUUGUGUCCAACACUGGAGUUUCAGGUUUGGAGUGUUAUGAUGACAAAUAUACAACUCUGCUGACAGAUAGUGAACACAGGCUGUUACUCUUCCCGUCUAUGAAACCAAAUAGAAGAGUAGAAGUGGCCCAGCUGAAUGACGUGAUGGAUACCAUGUUAGAGAGGGCUAUUCUGGAAAAUGAGGAAUAUAAAGGACCAACCAAGUCCGUUAAUGCUUUGGAAGAAGGUAUAUCUAAUUGUAUGGUAAUGAGAAGAACUUGCAGCGUACCUCGUCUCUUAGAGAGAUAUGUGCAAAUGCUUGACCAAAUUGCCCACCAGAUGAUUGACUUCUACAAAGAUUUGGUUACUCAGCGAAUAAUGGACAAGCGCAUUUUAGAAGAAUUGUACAAUUUCAAGAAUGUUAUUGAGAAACUGACUGGGGAGCUGUGCCUGGUUAGAGCACAUGAUAUAAAGUUAACAAAGGAAGCAGAGAAGGCCCAGAAGGAUUUGGCACAAGCUCUUUUAGAUGCUGAAAGGAAUGCCAAAAUUGUAGAAGAAUACCACGAUUUGUAUACAUUGCAGAGAGGAAGAAUGGAGAGUGAUGUUAAACAAUUAAUGACAGAAAGAGAUAUCUGGAGCUCAGCCACCUAUGAUUUGGCUCUAAAGGUUAUUGUAAGAAAUAAAAUUAUAUUGGCUAAAAGAAUUUACCUCAAUGAAAAAGCCUGGACUAAAUACACUAAACAUUUCAUCAUACUGAUAUCAACAAAGGACACUGCAGAUCUUGCACUGUUGCAGAAGUUGACACAGAAAUGGAGAGAUUUACUUAAUAAGUUUAAACAGGAUUUGGAACAGUGUGAAGAGUCUGCAAAGAAGCAGCUGCAUAGUGUUAUGAAUGGCCUUAUCACAUGGCAGAAGUUUGUCAAAGAAAAAAAGAAUUUACCUUCUACUCAAGAAGAUAUGUUGAAUUCAAUUAAUAAUGACUUCAGGCAGUGGAUAAAGAUGCUGUAUGAUGAGAAAGAAAAUUUUACUGGGGAAAGUCUAUUGUCAAAAUAUGAUUCUCUUAAGAUUAUGAGACAUUUACAGGAAAACUGGACAAAUAUUGGGGUUGAAAUAUUCAGCCGCCAUAAAAAUAUGGAUGGGGAAAUGCUGCCAGAGAGAUUCUACGUGGAGGAAAUUAACAAAGCUGUUGAAAAACUCUACAAAGAAUAUGAAAUAAGGAUAAAUGGUGACAGUGGUCUACCCAAAAUUCUUCUAAAUGUUAUCAGCUUUCUGGAUUUCUGGUCUUUCAAGAUGUUUAAUGCCUUGGGCUUUUCUGAAAUUACUUCCCAAGAAUGGGAAGGAUUUCACAAAAAUAUGGAGCACAUAGAAUCUCUGGUGGAUACAUUAUCAGAAUCUGAUGGUAUUGACCCAGAGCAAAUGGAUAUGGAUACAGAUUCCAUUGCAAUACUUCAAACACAAAUAUUUAACAUGAUUCAACAAUGGCUUUCGAAGAUAAGCAAUAUAAUAGGCAAUGGUAACGUUGAACUUCAGCGCCAUAUGGAUGAAUUGCAUGUAUCUAUGAUCCAGUGGAUGGUGAAGUUGCUGAUUUUAAUGGUACCUGAUUGUAGUGAUCGCGACACUCUUCCAGUAGCUGAGGGUGAAAAUGCUGAGACCCGUGUGACAGGAAUUGCAGAGUUAGAGUUAGAUGCAAUUGAACUGGUCAAAAAAUUGGCCCAAUUCUCUUUCUACUUGACCAGUUGUUGCAAAGGAAUGAUUACAGAAACUACAAUAACUCUAAGUAAGUCAGCGCGUUUACAAAUAGAGCCUGCAAAAGAACAGCAUGAGCUCAAGAAUAUGAAGAGAGAAUGUUUUGAUUGGAUCAAUACAAGUGCUCUGCUCCUUUCUGAACUCAAAGGCAGAAGAAUAAUAUUAUUGAAGCCUGAAGAAGUUGAAAAUCUGUGUGGAGAAGAGCACUUUGCAAGAGAAUUCGCUGAACAUGUCUCAGAAAUGUCUUUCAAAGAGGAUGAGGAAGAAAGUCAAGAAAUAAAGAAAGAAGAGGUAGAAGAAGAGAAACCCUCAACAUCUGAGGAGAGUAAACCACUCAUUCGAGUCAUUGGAAAAGAUGAGAAUAUUCAUACCAUACCUCUAUUUGAAAAUGAUGCCUUUUCUUCCUGGAGAGAAGUAGUUAGUCAAGGUACAGUGAACCAAAGGAGAAAAUAUAUGGAAGCAAUGAGUGUACUUGAACAUAUGCAGGAGAAGUUACUGGAAGUUGAAAACAGAGCCAUAAAUGCAGAAGAGAAGUUUGAGGAAGCAAAUGAGAAGCUUCACUUUACCCUUAUGAAAAAUAAAGAUUUGGAAAAGGAAUUGGAAGACAUGAGAUUCACAUCUGAAAGGAGAUCUACAGAGAUAAAGGAAGAAGAAAUUAAAGAAGAUGAAGGCAACAGAGGAGAAGAGGAGAGAGUAGAAGAAGGACAAGCAAGCAAAAGAUUAACUAGUUCCACAAAAUCUUCAAAGAAAGGUUGUAUUUAUUAA